AAUCUUAACCUUAAAACAAUCUUUUGUGUGCACCAAAAUCUUUUUAAUCUUCUUAGCUUUAACUUCUUUUGAGUAGUAAACAAUUCUAUGGAAAACAACAACAGUUCAUCAAAUUCUUCUGUAUGCACCAAAAUUCGUCAUGUCUUUACAAGCAAUCCCGCUCUUCGAGCAAUUCAUCGAAUCUCAAGCAUCAAUCAAGAUCAUAAACAAAUCACCAAUGGUUCAAAUUAUCCAUCAACAAAUCUUAAGACUAGUAGUGUCCAAACCAAAUCACAUCACAAGGCUCAAAAAGAAACAUCAUCAGAACCAAUCCAUACCAAAUUUGAUUAUUCAACACCUACAUACAAAGAGAAAGGACACUCAUCAGCAGUUUCAACUGUUGUUGGAAAUUCAGAAAGAGCAACAAAAGUUUCUGCCAAGAGUGAACUACAAUUACCUCAACCACAGCAUAAUCCCAAGAAAGCUGUGGCAUACACUGGUAAUCAACAAGGCAAGGAAUCGGUGGAUAUCAAUGACACUUUCAAGAAUUUCAUUAUAAGUGCUAAGAAGAAAAUCAGAACCGUGUCGACUAUCGGUCGGGGUCACAACAACCCUACAGCUGCACCAGAUCAUGAAGUUCAUCAUGGUACCACUACUGCAAGCAAAAAUGAAAGCCAUGACGACCAUUUUCAGGACUACAUUCACCGCAUUGGGAAGAAGAUCAGAGCCACAACCAUGAGAAGAAAUUAAGAAUAUGAUUAUUGAAAAAGGCUGUGUCAAAAGAAUGUUGAUUAGUAAGCUGGUGUUGGUAAAGUGUGUGUUAAGUAACUAUUAUCUAAUAUAGGCAACUGAAUGCAGAUAAAAAUAUGGUCAUAGCCUAAUAUGGUUUGCAAGCCUAAUAUUUAUUUCAUAUCUCAUAUUUGUGCUAAAUUUGUAGACUUGAACUUUUAAUUCAACUUGUGGAUUGUGAAAUUUAAUGAUUACAAUAUGACAUGUUAUUAUUGAA